UGAGGAAAAUUACUCUGUGGUGGAAAAUGCUUGCUUGACGAUAAGUUUGGGGUUGCUGUUUGCAUUUGAUUAUCAGAAUAUUUUCAACUGAAAAUUUGCACCCAGGAAGUGUUAAAGUUUUGGACGAAACGAAAUCUUAGAACGGCCUAAGUAUAUAAAGUUAAAAUGGCCAAGCCAGGUUCAGAUUCUGAAAAGGAAGAGAAAGAUAAGAAGAAAGAGAGAGGUCGUGAUCGUAAAAGACGUAGUGCAUCUAGUUCUAGUGAGAGCAGCAAAAGUUCAUCCGACAGUAGUACUUCUAGUUCCAAGAGUUCAAGCAGUUCCAGUUCAGGAAGCUCCUCUAGAUCUAGUAGUUCAUCUUCUGAUUCCUCUAGUUCUAGUAGUGAAAAUGAAAGAAGAAAUGUGAAGAGAAGAUCAAGAAGCUCAAGACCUGCUAAACCUAGAGACAGAGUUAAGAAAGAAAAAGUCCCUGAUAAGGAACAAGAUAAAGAACAUGAGAAAGAUAAAUCUAAGGAGAGGGAAAAGGAUAAGGAAAACAAAAGUAGAGAAGUUAAUAACAGGAAGUCCCCCGUGAAAGAUGAUAAACCAGUUCGCCAAAGAUCCAGGUCUCGUUCAAGGUCUGAUAGAAGGAAGAAAAGGAGGCGUUCUCCUACACCACGACCAACCAAAAUACACAUAGGUCGUUUGACUCGUACUGUAAAUAAAGACCAUAUCAUGGAAAUUUUCAGCACUUAUGGUACCAUUAAGUCAAUCGAGUUUCCCAAAGACCACGUUCAUCAGCAUCUCGGUCGUGGUUUUUGCUAUGUAGAGUUUAGCAACCCAGAUGAAGCUGAAGAAGCUAUGAAACACAUGGAUGGUGGACAAAUAGAUGGGCAAGAGAUAACUGCAGCACCAGUUUUAUUACCAAAGCCUAGACCCCCUCCACCAAGAAGAAGUCCACCUCAUCCUCCAAUGCGCAGACCUCCCAUGCAUCGUAGAACUCCUCCUAGGUUCAGGAGGCGUAGCCCAUUACGUCCUCCAAGAAGGAGCCCACCCAGAAGGCGGCCCCAUUCAAGGAGCCCCAUCAGGAGAAGGAAACAUAGUAGGUCGAGUUCAAGUAGUUCAAGAUAAGUAAGUUUUUUAUUCUAAAUUGAAGUAUGCUAUGAUUGGUAAUGAAUUCAUAUGAGUAUUUUAUUAUUUCAACUGUUCCACUGUGGAUUUGUGUGAGUGAAUUAUUCUUGUGAGUAAUUCUUGAGAAUAUGUAAUUGAAAGAAACUUGCAUAGAUAUUAAUAAAAAUUGUUUUUUUUUCCAUUAUGUUUAGAUUAUUUUAUGUAAAAAAAAAUAUGGAUAAAGUUUGUAAUUUUAUGACUGAGAAAUGAGUAUAAGUUGUGAGCACUA